AUGAAGACGCCGUUCAAAAACUCAGUGCCCAGACCUCAGGGUGAUGGAGGACACUCGGGAGUCUCAGUCAACAUGAUGAAGAAGAAGAACCCUCACAAGAAGCAGAAGACCAGUGUUGGAGCCAGUAAAGCUCUGGCUCAGACCCAGAGGAGGAACAUUGUGGGCUGCAGAAUCCAACACAUCUGGAAAGAAGGAAAGUCGUCUGUGUGGAAGGGCACCGUUCUGGACCAGGUCCCUGUGAACCCGUCCCUGUAUCUGAUCAAAUACGAUGGCUUCGACUGCAUCUACGGCCUGGAGCUGUUCUCCGACGAGAGAGUCAUCAACCUGGAGAUCCUGCCCGACAGAGUGGCCCCGGCUCGUGUGGCGGACUCCCUGCUAGCAGACACCAUGAUCGGUAAGGCGGUGGAACACAUGUUCGAGACGGAGGAGGGUCCUAAGGAGGAGUGGAGGGGGAUGGUCCUGGCCCGUGCGCCCAUCAUGACCGCCUGGUUCUACAUCACCUACGAGAAGGACCCAGUUCUCUACAUGUACCAGCUGCUCGACGACUACAAGGAGGGAGACCUGCGCAUCAUGCCCGACAACAACGAGGGCAAUGCGGAGCGAGAGCCAGGCGAGGUUGUGGACAGCCUGGUGGGCAAGCAGGUGGAGUACGCAAAAGAGGACGGAGGCAAACGCUCGGGGAUGGUCAUUCACCAGGUGGAAGCCAAGCCCUCGGUCUACUUCAUCAAGUUCGACGAUGAUUUCCACAUCUACGUGUACGACCUGGUCAAGACGUCGUAA